AUGAAGACAGUGUUCUGCUCGAAAAGUGCAGAGGGAAGGAGCGAUCCCGAGGCUGGUUUCUUCGUCUCUUUCUUCUUCGAAACAUCGGCGGAGUAUGAUCCGAAAACUGAUUUACUAGACCAAGAGUUCAUGCUGAAAGGAAACUUCUACCAAAGGAAGGAUCUAGAGCUCACAAACAUUCAUGGUGAAGUCCUGAAAUGCAGUCAUUAUGUACCUGCGGUUAAUGGUCGAGGAAAGCCUUUGCCAUGCGUAAUUUUCUGCCACGGGAACAGUGGGUGCCGAAUUGAUGCGGGUGAAGUGGCCAAUGUUUUGCUUCCUUCAAAUAUUACUGUUUUUACCCUCGAUUUUGCUGGAUCAGGACUUUCUGGGGGAGAACAUGCGACUUUGGGGUGGAAUGAAAAGGAUGACCUGAAGGUUGUGGUCGAUUAUCUUCGGGAUGAUGGAAACGUCUCUUUGAUUGGCUUGUGGGGUCGUUCAAUGGGUGCUGUUACUAGCAUAAUGUAUGGAGCUGAGGAUCCAUCAAUUGCUGGAAUGGUUCUUGACAGUCCCUUCUCUGUUUUAGUUGACUUGAUGGUGGAAUUAGUGGAUACCUAUAAAUAUACCUUGCCCAAGUUCACUGUUAAAUUUGCGAUUCAAUACAUCCGGAGGGCAGUCCAGAAAAGAACAAAUUUUGAUAUUAUGGAACUUAAUGCUAUUAAGGUUGCAAAGACAUGCUUCAUUCCAGUUUUGAUUGGUCACGCCACUGAUGAUGACUUUAUACGUCCGUAUCAUUCAGAUAGAAUUUUUGAAGCCUAUAUGGGUGACAAAAAUACUAUUAAGUUUGAGGGAGAUCACAACUCUCCACGUCCACAAUUCUACUUCGAUUCUAUAAGCAUUUUUUUCCGCAAUGUUCUGCAGCCUCCAGAAGAUGAACUGGCUGGGACAUUCUUUCAUACCACACAUGAUUUCCUUGAUAAGGUAAGAAGAGUUUUGAUGCAUCUGGUUUUCUGCUUUUGAUUGUGCUGCUAGAACUCACUUCAAGAUACCUAGAUUGGUUUGCUCCAGGGUGGUUGGGCCAGUGUCCCAUGAAUUAGGACUCCAUGAAGAUCUGCAUUAGGCCGAGGGAAUGGUUGCUUUAUAUUUGUGUAUUUCACCAGUGAUCUCUGGUUGAAACAUUCCGAUUCUUUGCUUUUAAGGAGAAACUGAAAGGGAGUUCUUUGUCCAUUUAGCACACAGUGGUUUGAAAUUAGUUCUUCCAAAAGCUUAAACUCGCAGGAAAACGAGAUAAAUUACUUCUGCCUUAUCACUGCCGCCUGGAAUAUGUUCAACACACUCCUUGAGAACAGACUGAAUUCUACAUGUGAAACCACCUAAAUUGGAAUGACCCCGCGAGUUGGGGCAUCGAUAGUCAAGUGUGACUUAGCUUAGAUUGCUUGUUAUAACAUUCACUUAUCUGCUCAUUAUAGUAAUUUCUUUUCUUUUUUGGCCAGGAAAAUCUUAAGCUGACAGGAGGUAGAUCAAUAAAUCUAGUUUAUGAUUCUUCUCGUGCCAUUUCAUAUUUCAGAAUCGUAAUGGAUGUGGAGAUUGAUGACGAUUGUUGUGCAUCAUCUGCUAGAAUAAUAGACUCUGAGUUACUUGAUGGUCAGCCAUGGGGUCCCCAUGUUCCGACCUCAAUGGACGGUGACCAAAGUCCGGAAUGCGAACUCAAUGACUUGAAAGGUUUCCCACGCAAUGCAGAAGAGGAAGACAUGGUGAAUUGUUACUUUUAAAAUCCUACUGUCUAUAACUCGGGUCUUGACAACGAUCAUCUGGUGAAAUGUUAUCCUCAUACUUACCCUUGCUCAGUUGAACUUCAUCAGAUGUCCAUGCAAGAUGGCAUGGAGGCAGUACGCGAUAGAGAGAUGCAUCACCCUGGUAAAGAUGAAGCACAUCCGGGUGAUAGCUCGACAGGCAUAUGUGAGUCUUCACAUGCAGGUGAUCUUGAAAGUCUUAUAGCCGCCAACAGUUGUGAAGCUAGAAAGAGAACCAUCUUCCACUUCAUUGGCCAGAGCGCGCAGUUCAACAACAGAAAUCAAACAUCCAUCUUCUGAUACAAGCAUGUCAUUGGCAUUCAGAAUUCCAUCCAUGGAUUCAAGCGAAGAGGUUCCUGAUGCGCGUGAAGCUUCAAAAAAAUGCUCAGUUCCAUCAUAUGCCGAUUCAGAUAUGUCCAUCCAUAUGACAGCCACGACGGUGUUUGGUAAGGACCCGGCAAGCCAUAUUAUAGAUGGUUUGAGGUGCCGUUGGGAUCUUUAUUUUCUCAGGAAAAGUCAAAUGAACUGAAGUGCAUUGUUUUGCAAUUACUCUGGUCCGUCCUUUUUUAUUAGUAUAAAACCUUCAAUGAUUUCCUAGUAUUUAGAAAAAGAAAGUGAAAAGAUGAAAAACCAUACUGCAAUUCCCCCCCUGCUUGAAGCUAUCAGCUCACCAUGUUUUAGCUGAUUCAGUGCGAGUUUGCUUUAGUCUUCGAGUAGUUAAGAAAUAUAUUGGUGUUCAUGUUUGUC